UCCUACUCUUUACUUAUAUUCCUUUGUGUGUUUGACAAGGUUUUCAGUUUUCGCUCUCAGAGAGAGAGUGAACUCAAAGAAUUUUUCUUUGGGCUUUGCUUUGUCUCCAAGCCAUCAACUUUGCUGUUUACUUCCUCUUGUUGUUCAAAGGAAUUUGGUAUGAUUUCAAGAGAAUUUUGAUUAAAAUAUUCGUUUGGUGUGGAAUUUGAACUCCAAAUUGAUCCAUCAAUGGACGAGAAACCAUUCCCUGCAUGGUCAUGGUCCGUGGAGCAGUGUUUGAAAGAGUUCAAUGUGAAGCUUGACAAGGGUUUGAGCAGUUACGAGGUUGAGAAGCGGCGUGAGAGGUAUGGUUGGAACGAGCUCACCAAAGAGAAGGGCAAGCCGUUAUGGCGACUUGUAUUAGAACAAUUUGAUGACAUGCUUGUAAAGAUACUUCUAGUUGCAGCCUGUAUAUCAUUUAUUCUAGCUUACAUGCAUGGAAGCGAAUCUGGGGAGUCUGGAUUUGAAGCUUUUGUGGAACCCUUUGUAAUUGUCUUGAUUCUAGUCCUCAACGCCAUUGUUGGAGUUUGGCAAGAGAGCAAUGCCGAAAGGGCGCUUGAGGCGCUAAAAGAGAUGCAAUGUGAAUCUGGAAAGGUUUUAAGGGAUGAGUACUUGGUGCCGGACUUGCCGGCGCGAGAGUUCGUCCCGGGUGAUAUUGUGGAAUUGCAGGUUGGUGACAAAGUCCCCGCUGACAUGAGAAUUGCGGCUUUGAAAACGACGACUUUUAGAGUUGAGCAGAGCUCGUUGACUGGAGAGGCUAUGCCCGUUUUGAAAGGCACUGAUCCUCUAUUCAUGGAUGACUGUGAGUUGCAAGCUAAAGAGAAUAUGGUUUUUGCAGGCACAACAGUUGUCAAUGGGAGCUGUGUCUGUAUUGUUGUUAGUACGGGGAUGAACACUGAGAUUGGGAAGAUACAAAAGCAAAUACACGAGGCUUCUCUGGAAGACAGUGACACCCCUUUGAAGAAGAAGCUGGAUGAAUUUGGGAGCAGGCUUACUACUGCAAUUGGCCUUGUUUGCCUCGUUGUGUGGAUCAUAAACUACAAAAAUUUCCUCUCAUGGGAUGUUGUGGAUGGAUGGCCUACGAAUAUUCAAUUUUCCUUUGAGAAAUGCACCUACUAUUUUAAGAUUGCUGUUGCUUUAGCGGUUGCUGCCAUCCCAGAAGGCCUUCCUGCUGUUAUUACGACCUCUUUGGCUCUUGGUACGAGGAAAAUGGCACAAAAAAAUGCAAUUGUCCGGAAGCUUCCCAGUGUAGAAACCUUAGGAUGUACAACUGUGAUUUGUUCAGAUAAAACUGGGACUUUGACUACAAAUCAGAUGUCUGUGACAGAAUUCUUCACUUUGGGAGGGAAAACAACGGCUUCUCGAAUCUUUCGUGUUGACGGCACUACUUAUGAUCCCAAGGACGGGGGAAUUGUUGACUGGACUUGCUACAAUAUGGAUGCCAAUUUGCAAGCCAUGGCAGAAAUAUGUGCUGUUUGCAAUGAUGCUGGGAUCUUCUUUGAUGGCCGACUCUAUAGAGCUACGGGUUUGCCCACUGAGGCAGCUCUUAAGGUUUUGGUUGAAAAGAUGGGAGUUCCAGAUGCCAAGGUGAGGAACAAAAUUCGCGAUACACAACUUGCUGCAAACUAUUUGAUUGACCGCAGCAGGGUGAAAUUAGGCUGUUGUGAAUGGUGGGUGAAAAGAUCCAAAAGGGUUGCCACAUUGGAGUUUGAUCGCAUCCGCAAGUCAAUGAGUGUUAUUGUGCGGGAGCCAUCUGGGCAUAACCGACUUCUUGUCAAGGGUGCUGUUGAGAGUAUACUGGAGCGCACUUCUCACGUCCAACUUGCCGAUGGAUCCCUUAUUCCAAUAGAUGAACCUUGUAGGCAACUAUUGCUUUUGAAACUCCAGGAGAUGAGUUCAAAGGGAUUGCGUUGCUUGGGUUUGGCAUAUAAGGAUGAAUUGGGAGAGUUUUCUGACUACUAUGCUGAGAAUCAUCCUGCCCAUAAGAAGUUGCUUGAUCCAGCUUACUACUCCUCAGUUGAAAGUGACUUAGUUUUUGUUGGGGUUGUUGGUCUGAGAGACCCUCCGCGUGAUGAAGUUCAUAAAGCAAUUGAGGAUUGUAGAGGAGCUGGGAUUAAAGUUAUGGUGAUAACUGGAGACAAUAAAUCCACAGCUGAGGCCAUUUGUCAGGAAAUUAAUUUGUUUUUUAAAGGUGAGGAUCUUAGAGGGAGAAGUUUAACAGGUAAAGAGUUCAUGGCACUAUCGUCUCCACAACAAAUUGAAAUGUUGUCAAAACCUGGAGGGAAGGUUUUCUCGCGUGCCGAGCCUAGGCAUAAGCAAGAAAUUGUGAGGAUGCUGAAGGAGAUGGGGGAGAUUGUUGCAAUGACUGGAGAUGGAGUAAAUGAUGCGCCUGCUCUUAAACUUGCUGACAUUGGGAUUGCCAUGGGAAUUACUGGUACUGAGGUUGCAAAAGAAGCUUCAGAUAUGAUUUUGGCAGAUGAUAAUUUUAGUUCCAUUGUUUUGGCUGUCGCAGAGGGUCGGUCAAUUUAUAAUAACAUGAAAGCCUUUAUCAGGUACAUGAUAUCAUCAAAUGUUGGAGAGGUAAUAUCCAUAUUCUUGACUGCUGCACUGGGGAUACCAGAAUGUAUGAUACCUGUGCAGCUCCUGUGGGUGAAUUUGGUUACUGAUGGCCCUCCUGCAACCGCUCUUGGUUUUAACCCUGCCGAUGUUGAUAUAAUGCGGAAACCACCCCGCCGAAGUGACGAUGCUCUAAUACAUUCUUGGGUUCUUCUCCGUUAUUUGGUAAUUGGUUCCUAUGUGGGCAUUGCAACCGUUGGCAUCUUUGUCUUGUGGUACACUCAACCUUCUUUUAUGGGUAUCAAUCUCAUCAGUGAUGGGCAUACACUAGUUGAAUUAUCUCAGCUUCGCAAUUGGGGGGAGUGCCCGUCGUGGUCGAAUUUCACAGCGAGCCCAUUCACGGUUGCCGGGGGCCGCACGAUCUCUUUUACAGACCCUUGCGACUAUUUUUCCGUCGGCAAAGUGAAGGCAAUGACUCUAUCACUUUCUGUCUUGGUGGCAAUCGAGAUGUUCAAUUCCCUGAAUGCCGUUUCCGAAGACAAUAGCUUGGUGAAAAUGCCACCAUGGAGGAACCCUUGGCUUUUGGUUGCCAUGUCAGUCUCAUUUGGACUUCACUGCCUCAUACUCUACGUUCCCUUCCUGGCAGACGUGUUUGGUGUCGUACCAUUGACUCUGAACGAGUGGAUUUUGGUCAUUUUGAUAUCAGCACCUGUGAUUCUUAUUGAGGAGGUUCUUAAAUUUGUGGGGAGGAGUCAAAGGUGGAUGGCAAAGGAGAAGACAGAAUGAUAACAAAAAUUUCAAGCCCAUGAUUGGCGGGAAAGCAACUUCAUACAGGAGCUCGCAGAUGGACCAAACCAUUCAUUCAUAAAUUUAUUUUUCUGAAAGGUUGUAGGGUUUUAUAUGGAGGACACACCAGUCACGUUUGUUCAUAAACAUUAGAAAAAAAGAAAAAGAAAUUUAGAAGUAUCGUUUCA